CUGAAAAUUGUCACUUGCUCUCUGGAUGAUGGACUCUCUUCAGUAGAGUCACUGAAAUUUUCUGAUGCAAUCCUUUUGGAGCAGUAAAAGCGUGUGCAGUAAAAGUUGAAAUUAUUUCGUUUAAUUUUUCUCGUAUGCUUUAUGUCGCUUAAGUUCGUGGUAAGGAAAAAGUUUUCUUCAUUUGAAACGAGAGCAUUCUAUCAGAAAAAUGACGGAGGAAGAUUCGGUAUUUGAUCCUACCUUGAAAAAGAAGAAGAAGAAGAAGAAGACUGCUUUCGAUAUUGAUGCGGCUUUCAACGAAGGUGGCAGUGGUGGUGAUACAUCUGAAAAUACCGUUGACAAGGAGAAUCAGGAACCUGAGCCAACAGUUGUUGAGGAUGACGAGGCACUGGAUUUGGAAAACUUUGGCAAAAAAAAGAAAAAGAAGAAAAAGGCAUUUAACUUAGAUGAAUUAGAAGCUGCUCUGCCUGAUACAAAGAAGGAGGAAGCUAUAGAGCAACAGAUCGAAGAAAUUGUGGUAGAUGAUGAUUUUGAUCUAGAUAUGGACUUCUCAAAAACAAAGAAAAAAAAGAAAAAGAAGAAGGAUCUUGAUGAAUUAGUAGCUGAAGAAGAGCGCAAGGAGAUUGAAGACAAGGAGAAUGGCUGCACUGAAUCUGAGCGAAGUGCAGAGUAUGUGGAGGAACCAAGUUUAUGGAUGGGCUCAGAUAGAGACUAUACAUAUGAUGAAUUACUAGUUAGAGUGUUUAAUAUCAUGCGAGAGAAGAAUCCCGAUAUGGUAGCUGGUAAGAAACAGAAGUUUGUUAUGCGUCCGCCGCAAGUGGUACGCAUUGGAACGAAAAAAACAUCUUUUGCUAACUUUACUGAGAUUUGUAAAACAUUGCACAGACAGCCCAAACAUUUACUAGAUUUUUUGCUGGCGGAGUUGGGUACAAGUGGCUCAGUUGACGGUAACAGUCAGCUAAUUAUCAAAGGCCGUUUCCAACAGAAGCAAAUAGAAAACGUUCUUAGAAGAUAUAUCAAAGAAUACGUAACGUGUCACACGUGUCGUUCACCCGAUACUAUUCUUCAGAAGGACACUCGACUCUUUUUCUUGCAAUGCGAAACCUGCGGUUCGAGAUGUUCUGUCGCUAGUAUAAAGUCUGGAUUCCAGGCUGUCACUGGAAAACGUGCUGCUAUUCGUGCGAAAACUGCCUAAGCUAUUCUCUAUCUAAGAAGAUGCUCUAGUGCAAAUAAAACAUUAUGGAAUUUAAAUAAACGGUACAACUGAUUGCAUCUAAAAUUGACUUGAGUACAGAAGUGUAGAUAGAAUUAGUUCAGAUUGUCAAAUUUAAUAUUGAUCUUAAAGUAAAGAGAAAUUAAGAGGACUUGGUUUUUUGAGAUCUUUAACAGCUUUAAAGCACUUAAAAUCUCGUCAUCCUAUAUUUUAUGUUUAAUGUAGCGUUCUGGAUUCUUUUGAUUUAAACUUCUUUUGAAAAGUUCUUAAAAUUCUUAGCAUUUUUUUUCAAUUGUAAAAGGUAUUAAAAAUCUUAAAAUAUAAUUUUACACUCAAAUUCUUCAAUUUACUUUAAAGUAAUCAUUUAAGCCAUCGGGUCUCCUAUACAUAAAAUUCUUUCAUUCUAAAGAAUGCAUAGUUCUCAAAACUUUUUAGUCG